AGUGCUCCAAAGCUACGAGGUGGGCUGCUUGUGAUGGCACGCCGAAGUGACGGAAUAGAUGAGUUUCGCUUUCCGUGGGAACCACUGAAGGUUUCGGAGGUUCACUUGCACACGCGCCUAUGCCGUGAUGUGGAGGAAGAGAUCCUCGUACCUGGUAGACCAAGCACUCUGAAACUCUCUGAGUACUUGGAGUCUGGACCUCAUGUUCCUUCAGGCCCGCCACCAGGUCUUGAUCUUCCUCUCACCCUGCUGGAGAGGCGAAGUGGGCCUCAGAUUCCACAGGUGCGGGAGCCGACCAAGCGCAUGAAACGCAUGGCCUUCACCAGCUUCCUCCGCACACCCAACGGCGCAGAGGAGACCUGUUUGAAGCUCGAUUCGGCCAUGCUCGAUUCGAGCUAUGUGGCAGAAUUGGUGGCGGCGGUUCUGCCCGACUUGCCUAGCUUGGCAUGUGAUCCACAAGGAAUCCAAGUUCUAUCGAAGCUUCUCUCUGUCUCAAGCCGCGAGAGUUUGUGCAAGCUGGCGCGGCGCUUGCAGGGUUCGAUUCUAAAACUUACUAAGGACAAGCAUGGCUGCUGGUUCAUGCAGCAGGCGCUGCACUUCGUUCCUUGCGAGCUCCAGGAAUUGAUCCAAGAGGAACUGAAAGGCAAAAUUUUGGCUUGCAGUCAGCACCUUCAUGGGAACUUUGUCUUGCAGAAAUGUGUCGAGCUGCUUCCGGGCACCAUCUCUUUCAUCAUCAAAGAGCUCAAGAAUCAUGUCAUGGAGGCAGCCAUGCAUGUGUAUUCCUGUCGGGUGCUGCAACGCAUCAUCGAGCGCAACGACAAACGCUUGUUUGGCCGCCCCGACAUGAUCGGAGUUUUGGAGACCUUGUUGCGAUUGGAGAACCUGCAAAAGUUGGUGAUCGAACCCUAUGGAAACAAUGUCAUACGGGCCGUCCUAGCUUGCGGGACCAGUCUGCAUGUGCAAAAGAUCAUGAAAGUUUUUGCUUGUGGAGAGGCUGGCUUAUUGGCCUUGGCCCGGAAUCGGCAUGGCAGCCUUGUCCUUGAGAAAUUGUUGGAAACCUUGAACGGAGAACUUCGAAACGAGCUCCAAGCGGAACGCGAAGCUCUCAUGUGUGCCAUUCUUGGUGGCACAGAGUCUUCGCUCUUCGUGCAGAUUGCAUUAGACAGGUUUGGUAACUACAUUGCGCAGAGGACCAUCGAGGUGUCCGAGGGUCAAGAGCAGCAGAGAGUUCAAGAACUUCUUAAAAGUCUUGGUCCAAAGCUGCGGCGUGCGGCGAAUGGAAGGCACAUUUUGCAAGCAGCCCGGAAGAGAUUUGGCUCAACACUCAGUGUUACCGACCUGGGAUCAUGAUGAAUCAUGAGAGUCUCCCUCUAAGAGGGGCCUUCACGCACCUGACGUGAGGCAAGCUAGAAAGACUUAGAAAGCUGCAUUGGAGCUGACGGUUGCUUCAGCCGCUUCGCUGGAAGCGAACUCGUGCUGCAAGGUGCAUAGAUGUACAGCUGAAUUUGGGAAAACCCCGUGACAGCCCACUGCAGGGGCACAGAAAUACCACGUGUGAAGGUCUUGAAGGUCUCUGUAGAUGAGCUUGCAGGGCUUUCAAAGAGGCUCUUUGUGUAGCCGCCUCACGAAAGAGCCUUCCUGCAUCCCCAAGUCUUCGCCAAAACGCGGAGCUGCUAAUCCGAUUUUUUUAGGUGAGGUUCAUCACCAAACUUGACUCACCCAAAGAGAUGUUUAUUUGGAUGUGUCUUCGAAUUGGGGGACCCGCCCAACGGUCGUCGGAACAUCUCUAGGUCGCUU